UGCCAAGAAGCUCACGGAACACGGUCAGUAUCAGCAACCCUUACAACUAAAACACUCGAGCUAACAAAGCUGCGAAAAGCGAGACUGUGGUCGUGCACCAUGUGUGAGACGCCUCACAUGCCAAUGGUCUACGAUGCCGUGCAAGAGCAUCUUCGCGCCGAACACGGUGUCGAACAUGCGAAUUUUGGAGAAGACAUCAAGUUGAACCAGAACCUGGUGGCGUCUGUGCUAGCCCAGUCAGGAAACCCUAUCAUGGCGUACAAUCUUCCUAAAUGAAGCAGCAUGACAAGGAUGUUCGGAGGAAU